UUUUAACUUCCACAUUCCGGCCGCAAAACCUGAUAAAACAGAGGACAAAAUGGCGGCGAAGGUUAAACUUGCAGUGAAAAUGUCUAGAUAUUAAUUUUGGAAAAGAGAGGUUAUUUAAGAAUAAAUAUGGAAGUUUCUGGCCAGCGAAAAACUAAAUUGACACAUUCAGUAUCACAUGGGUCUGCUGAAGAUUUUGUAUUAUUCUGUAUCCCAUGUGAUAGAGAUGGUGAACGGGUUCCAGCUAAAGGGUUCUGUACAACUUGUAAUGAACAUCUUUGUAAAACCUGUUAUAAGCAUCAUAGGAAACCAGCGCCUACCCGUAAUCAUGUUCUUCUUGACGAAGACUCUAUGUCAACAACACCUACAGCUCCAAUAUCUCAAGACGACUUCGAUAGUUGUGAUGAUCAUCAAGACGAAAAACAGAAAUAUUACUGCAGAGAUCACGACAUCGUAGUUUGCAGUGUUUGUGUCACAUUAGAUCAUAGGACCUGUAAGGUGGAAUACAUACCUAAACUUUCAAAACAUAUUCUAGACAGUGAGGAACUCAAUGAGUUAAUGGUGGAAAUGAAAUCACUUGAGGAAGUUUGUAAAUUAGGUAUAAAGAGAGCAAAAGAUGAGAUAAAAGCCAUUUCUGAAAAUCAUGAUAAGGUUAUAAAGGCAAUUCAUCAAUUUAGAAAAGAAAUAAAUACACGUCUGGACGAUAUGGAACAAAUUGCUGUCAAGAACGCGGAGAGCAUCUUUGAUAAAAAACAAAUGCAUCUGAAGAGUUUGUCAACAGAAAUAGAAGAUAUGAAAGAGGAAACAGUACAGAAACAAGUUUGCUUAGAUAACCUGAUACAAAGAAAUUGUCUUGACAAAUUGUAUGUUGAAAUGAAAGUAGCCAAGAAACGACUUAUUCAAAUGAAGAUGAAGACAAAACAACAAAGUCGAAUAAACAAUAAUGAAACAGUAAGCUUUGUCAAGCAUCAGGCAAUUAUUGAUAUGUUAGAAAAGUAUAAGCAGUUAGGAGAAAUUUUAUCUGUUAAAUCGUCCAAUAGAGAAAAUGAUGCAAUGAUGAAAGAUACAUCAACACCAACCGAGGAUACGUCUCUAAAUCUUGAAGUUGUCGAGGACAUAGAUAUGAAAUCUGCAUCGGAUAGUAAUAAAUGUGACAUGACCGGGAUAGAGGUUAUUCAGCCGAAUAAGAUGGUGGUUUGUGAUUAUAAUAACAGCAAAGUUAAAUGGUAUGAUACAGUACAGAAGAUAAUUGUUUCGGAGUUAAAACUAAAUAAUUCACCGAAUGAUGUUGCAGCUAUUACAGAUGCUAGAUUUGUCGUGACUGUACCUAAUGAUGAAUGCGUUCAUUUCAUGUCACUAGAGAAUCAUCGCAUAGUUUCUGAUCGUAAGGUGAAUAUCAAUGAGACAUGUUAUGGUAUUGCUUACAGUAAUGAUAAGCUUGUUGUGUCAUGUAAUUAUCAUCCAGGAAAAGUUUUAGUUCUUGACCUACAAGGUAAAAUAUUGCAAAGUUUUAGUGGAGAUAAUAGUCUGUUCUGCUAUCCCCAGUAUGUCACCGUGAAUACAGCUGGAACGUCUAUAUAUGUUAGUGACAUGGGUUAUUCUGUGAAGGCUGUAAAACAACUAGACUGGCAGGGGAACGUUAUAAAUACCUAUCAACCAGCACAGGGAGGAGGAAAUCUACGAGGUAUUUGUGAAUUAAAUGAUGGCACAUUUCUUGUUUGUUUGAGUCAAGAUAGUGACGACAAUUUACGUAGAAUAUCAGACAGCUGUAAGCCGUGUAAGAUAACGUUAAAUGAGAAACUUGGUAGAUGGUAUCCGAGAGGUAUUGCAUACUGUAUGAAAACAAGAAGACUUUAUGUGUCUUAUUCUGAAACAAGUGGAAUUAACGAGUCAUGUAGUUGCAUAAAAGUAUUUCAGUUAAAAUGAUGAUACGUAAAAAAAGAAGAAAUGAUGUGAUUAAUAUCACAAUUCAAUUUAAAAUACACAAAAGAUUUUCAAUGAAAACUAACAUAUGUGCUAUCUUUAUACAAAGAAAAGUCUAUUCAGUGAUGCAUGUAUUCGUUUGCAUUUGUAUGAAUUAUUCUAUUUUGAACCAAUAAUCAUUCAUAUUUUUGAUUUUUCUUAUUAUAGAUUUUUUAUAUUUGUUUAUGUACCUAUAUAUUAAUGUAGAGUAUCAUUAUCUGCUUCUCGCUGUGAAAAUAAUAGUCCUCAUAUUUCCAGAUUUAACUAUUACUAGAAAUGCAAGCAAAUAAAAAAAUUAAGCAUGUUAAUCAGUUUAAGUUUUAGUUACUUAUCAGUCAGCAACAUUUUUGACUUUAGUCAUAUACAAGUGUAUACAACUGAUUGCAAGUACAAUGCAGUACAUGAACGUAAACACAUAUACAGAAAAUACAGCACUACAUACAAAAAAACUAUAAGAUCAGACGGCAAGCAUAAGAAUUUUCCGUUAUAUAUACUAGUAUUACAUUAGAACACUAUAUUUGAUUCAUUAUAUAAUGACUGCAUUAUUGUUUCUCAUCAAUCCGGGAAAAUGUCGUAGGCAGAUGAUAAUUUCAAAUUGCUUCAACCGAACAAUUUGUACAAGGGUCCGAAUAUAUGUCCGGGAGGAUAUCUGGAUUGACCACAGCUGAAAAACAACGUUUUUGCUUUAGUGGUGUAUUAUGGAGUAAACCUCACUAUGUGUGUUUUUCGCAGACUGCCGUAUUUCAUGGUAAACAACCGCUUAUAUAACAAUUUUGUUUGAUACUGACUUAAGAAAUAAUAUAUCCCAAACAGUCAUUUUAUCGCUCAAUAACAUCACUGUUUGGAAUUCGGAUGCGGGGAAUUAUAUCAGCAUUAAGUAGAUUGAGAGUAUCCUCACAUCGAUUAAAUAUAGAAUGUGGCCGAUGGAAUAGAACUGUAAGAGAAAAUAGACUUUGCAUAUCAUGUAAUAAAUUAUAAGACGAA